AUGGGCGCCGAAGCCUCCAAGCCCCAGCCUGGGGCCAAGCUACAAGUCAUCGGCGCAGGCCUCCCCCGGACCGGAACAGCCUCCUUCUCGGCCGCCCUCACCAUCCUCCUCAAGGGACCCGUCUACCACGGCGGCACCCAAAACCUCGUCUCAGGAGAUCCCCACCACAUCAAAACAUGGAUCGACAUCCUCUGUCGCACACCAUACAAAUCCCCUGCAGAUAAAGAAUACGUCAUGAGGAAAAUCAAAGCCAUCACGGACGGUUACGUUGCUGUGGCAGAUACGCCUCAUUCGCUUUUCGUGCCCGAACUGAUGGAGUUGUACCCUGAUGCGAAGGUUGUGUGUACUGUGCGGGAUCCUGAUGCAUGGACCUCCUCGAUCGCCGCCACCUCCUCUUCCUCCCUGCAAACCCUCCUCCCCAUCCUCCUCUUCUGGCUGCCCGCCAUGUCCUACUUCCCACGCUACAUCGCACACAUCCAAGGCGGGCGAUGGGGCGAGCUCUAUGCCGAACCCGGGGAGAAGUGGUCGAUGGGAAAGCACGUCUGGUACAAGCAUAUGGAGUUUUUGGAGAGGGUUGUGCCGAAGGAGAAGUUGGCUCUCUUCGAUGUGAAGGAGGGGUGGGGACCGCUUUGCAAGGCUGUUGGGGUUGAUCGGGAGGUUGUGGGGGGAGUGGAGUUUCCGAGAGUUAAUGAUGGGAAGGCUAUUGAGGAGUUUGCGGGGAGGUGUGUGAGACGGGGACUGGUGAGGUGGGCAGUUUUCUUGGGGGUUGUUGCUGCUGGGGUGGGUGUGGCGUGGAGGGUGUGGAAGUGA